AUGGUAGAAACUACAGCAUAAAUAUAAGCAAGUGCUCAAUAAGAUGUUGGAGUUGGUUCUAUUUGGAACAAGAACUCAUGGCAUUGGGAAGAGCGCAAUUACUCUGAGCUAGCUAAAAAGUAUCUAGAAUAAAAUCUUAUCAAAAUUGAAGUGGUAAGUACAGAAAACCCUCCUGCAAAGAUAAGACUAUACGAAGUUAAAAGUAUUGAAGGUAGUGCUUCCAUCACUAUAAGAAAAUAGAAGCAAAUCUUUCUUUUCGAUUACAAGUUAGACAUCUACUUUGAUGCUGUGCAUUUGACUGAUCCAGAGACUAAAGCGAUGGGUAGAGUAACUGUUGAUGAAUUCAACUAGGAUGAUGAUGAUAUCGAUAUGGACAUUGUCGCAGAAAAGAAGGAAGAGUUUGUCUAUCAAGUUAAAAAUUCACUCAGCAAACUUGUGAAACCAGAAAUUCUAAGAGUAGUUAAUGAAUUAAAAGCUGAGCUUAAGAAAAUUGAUGCAAGUGAGGAAAAAAUUAGGAAAGAUUAGAUAGAAAGAGAGCAAGCUCUUAAGAAUUAUCAAUAAGCUGAACAGGAUAAAGGUGAUGUGAAAUAACAGUUGUUUGAAGAACAAAAGAAAAAGGAAGCUGAAAUGAAGGAAUAAGCUAGGAUUCUUAUUGAGCAAUAAAAGUCAGAAUAGCCUCAAAAAGUAUAAAAGGUAGAGGGACAGGGUAGUGUAUGGAACACUGGCUCAUACUUCUGGGAGGAAAAAUCAGUCGGUAAAUGGGCUGAUGAAAGAAUCAAGGAAGUCAUUGGAGGAUUUGCGUAUAAUUUUUCAGGUGGUGUUAUUAAAAUUACAUCUGUCGAAAAAAUCAAAGGAGAGGCUAGUGUAAGUAUUAGAAAAGGAAAAAAAAUCGUUUCAUAUGACUAUAAUGCAGUCCUAAAGUGGGAGCUAUCAGCUAAAGAUGGUGAAGGUAAUGAAGUUGCAAAUCUUAAGGGUCAAUAUGAAUUGCCAGAGGUAUCAAAUGAUAUUGCUGAUGAUGGCGAAGAUUGGGAAGUUAGAACAUCAGUUAAGGAAGACAAAGGUUAAAACAAAGCAAGAUUUGAUAAGCAAAUCAGAUAAGAAGCCCCAAAAGAGCUGAGGAAAGCAAUCAUGGAUCAAUUUGUUUCUCUUCUACAACAAAAAUGA